AUGCGUCUACCAGAUUUGCUCGUCGAGGUGCAGUGGGCCGCCACUGCCAUCACCACCAUUGUCACGGCAAUCCUCGCGCUCUCCCUCGUCUCCCUCACUUUUCUUUUCCUUCACCGCCUCUACUUUCAUCCCCUAGCCGCGUACCCGGGCCCCUGGCUCGGCAGGCUCACAGAAUGGAAUACGGUCCUCGCCUCCCUGAGCGGCGAGUCGACGCGUACCCGUCACGCCUGGAGCCAGCGCUACGGGCCCGGCCCCGUGCGCAUCGGGCCCAACGAGCUGCUCUUCAGCGACCUAGCCUCGGUCAAGGACAUCUACGGCCAGUCGUCGCGGCCAUGCCUCAAGGACCCGAGCUUCUAUGGGCCCUUCACCGUGUGCGGCGUGCGCAACGUCUUCAACAGCUUCGAGCGCGCCGAGCACGCGCGGAUCCGGCGGCUGUUUGCCCACGCGUUCUCGCUGGCCGAGGUGCGCAAGAUGCAGGGACGUGUGGCGCCGAUCCUGGGCAAGUGCUUGGAUGGGCUCGAGGCGGCUCAGCCGGUGGACCUCUACGAGCCCCUCUCGCGCCUGUUCGUGGACAUUAUCAGCGAGCUCAGCUUCGAUGAGUCGUUUGACACGCUGGGCGGAUACCUAGUCGACGAGGCCGGGUGGGCGGACCAGCUGCAGAACAUCUCGGCGCUGUUGGGCAUGGUGCCGUUCAUCGAGUGGCUGCCCCUGAGGUUUGUGCAGGAGGCGGUCCGGGCGCGGCCGCUUAUGAUCGAGUUUGCGCGGCAGCGAAUCGAGGGGUUUCGGGCGCGUCUGGCCAAGGGCAUGGUGAGGGAGGGUUCGUUGCUGAAGCGGGUGGUGGAGACGGAUCUGGAUCUGGACGACGAGGGAGAGCAUGGGCAUGCGCACACGCAGCCGUUGACGAACCUGGAGCUGAUGGAGAAUGCCAUUGUCUUCAUCCAGGCGGGCAGCGAGACGUCGAUGAGCUCCAUGCUGUAUCUCCUGUACGAGUUGGACAGGCAUCCCGCUGUGAGGGAGAAGCUGGUCCAGGAGAUUCGAGAGGCCUGUCCGCCAGACACCAGGACAGUUCCCCGCUUCGAGAGAAUUCAAAGCCUGCUAUACCUCAACCAAGUCAUCGACGAAACCCUCCGCCUCCGCGGGCCCAUCCCCGUCAACCUCCCACGCAUCUCCCCUGGCAAGGUCAUCGGCGGUCACUACGUCCCCGCCGGCACGCGCGUCUGCAACCUGGCAUACACGACGCACCGCGACCCGGCCGUCUUCCUGGACCCCGAGGCCUUUGUGCCCGAGCGGUGGGCGGAGCCUACCGAGGCCAUGAAGCUAGCAUUCCGGCCCUUCAGCACGGGGCCGCGCAACUGCAUCGGCAUACACUUGGCGCGCAUGGAUCUGAUGCUGGCGACGUGUGCGAUGUACAACCGGUUUGACUUGCGUUUGGACGCGGAGAGAACCACGCCCGAGAUGAUGUAUGCGCAGGAUCGCGGGGUCAUGUCGCCGCAGGGGAAGAGGGUGUUUUUUUACAUCACGCCACGAGAAAAGAAUGUAAAUUCAGUGAUUCAUACAUCAUAA